AUGAGUACACGUGCAAAGACAAAGUCAGAUUCGUUGAAAAACUUCAGCUGUUUUCGUUGCGGUUGUGUUUCAAAUCUUACGUUAAUACCUGAUGAUGUGUACUGUUUUAUUCAGAAGUAUAAUAAUUUCAAGUGGUUUUGUGAUAUAUGUAACAAUGUUUCUCCAGACACCAAGUCAUCAGCAGAAAUAGACACGAAUCUGCUUGCGAGGGCAGUUGACAGAAGUAAGCAGGAAUUGAUGAUUAAAAUUGAUGGGUUGACAGAUGCCAGUAAAAUCAUAGAAUCGGAGCUCCGGAAUAUCAGAUGUGCAGUAAAAUUGAAUGAUGAAAAAUUAAGCAACAUUAAUCAUGCUGUUGAUGAGAUGCGUACGGGCAGUGGUGGAGUCAGUACGUCAUGGACCGAUAUAGUAAGCAAAGAGGUUAAAAAAAACAUUGAUGUAAUUAACGUUGAAGCCAAGAAUGUGCAAAAAAAGUUGAAUGAUGCGACAGACAUCAAGGAGAGAGAACAAAAUUUGGUGCUUUUUAGACUUGCUGAAGGAGACGACGACAAAGAACGUGUUAUGAAGAUUUUUAAUCACUUGACUCGAAACGAAGUUGCCGAGAAAGCAGUUGUUAAAGUAACGAGACUGGGGAAAAAACAAAAAAAUUUUAAUGAAGCAUCUGGUAAAGGUAAGCCUGCUAAAAUUGGAAAUGAGGAGCGAUCGGUGGUUCUGGGAGUUUUAAAUAUCAGAUCUAUAAUAACAAAAUUCAGCUCUAUUUAUGGUUUGAUUCAUGAAGGCCUAGACAUCUUUAUUUUGACGGAGAGCUGGCGUGGUUCGGCAGAUAAUAUUUCCAUUGGGUUAUCAAUGCCACCUGGCUAUCAGUUUGUAGACCGUUUGAGAUCGCACGACCCACAUCAUGGAGGAGGAACGCUCGAUCUGAUUGUGACGUCACACAAUAUAGCUGUCAGUGAAGCAAAGGUUUAUCCUAGUGGAAUCUAUUCAGAUCAUGGUUUGGUACAGCGCUCCUCAAUGAAUUUUGAAAACAGAUGGGUCUUGAGAUCCGCUCUGAACUUCGCAAGUGAUGGAGAAGUAGUCAGAGAAGUAGUCAGAGAAGUAGGUAGAGAGUUCCAGAUGAAAGGGCAAGAAAAAGCAAAAGUAGAUUUGGCAAGAGUGUUUAACACGAGUUAA